GAAUAUAAAUGAUGGACAAUACAUCGAUACCUCUAGUAUUAUUCUAUCGACAUCAUACUAAAAAUAAUUCUAUUCAAAUAACUAUCACAACAUGAAACUGAUUGUGUUUACAAGUAUAUUAGUGAUGGUACAAUGUUUACCACAAAUUUCCAAUCCAAGAUGGCAUAAAAAUUUACAACUCGAAGAUAACGAUUCUGAGAAUAAAGUGCAAAAUGUUAAUUUGCCUGCUACUCGUAAUUCACCCUUAAAAGUUCCAACAGAAUCAGAACUUGAACAAAAUAAAAACGCUCAUUAUUCUUUUAACACCAAAAUCGACGACAAAAUCAACGAUCAGACCCAGCAAAGGAGUGAAGUAAGAAAGGGCUUAAAAGUUGAGGGUUCCUAUAGCUAUAGUGAUGGUUAUUUCAAGAGGACCUAUGAAUAUGUAGCAGAUGAUAAAGGAUACAGAAUAGUAAGGUCUGAAGUGGUACCAUUGCAAGGUCCGAAUGUCGACCUUCAGGGAACAGCCUCUGUAGACGCUGCAGCCCACGGAACCCAAUUGUCUUACAAAGUGAAAAGUGUACCAGCUGUUGGUCCCAAGAUAGUAGAGAAAUUUGAAUGAAGUCAUAAGCAGUUAUUCUAGGAUAAGAUAUCUUGAAGAUCAUUUAUGAAUCGUUCACAAUAUCAUUCAUUUACUUGUUGAAAUAAAUUUCAAUCCUUAA